AUGCAAGAUCAUGAGAAAAUGAGUUAUAUAAGGAGUGCAGUUGCUCCAAUAAAGUUCAUUAUUUCUUUGAUUGUUUUAAAAUCUGAUCAAGAUAUGCAAAAUUCCUCUAAAUUUCAGGAAAAAAAUAUACCGUUUUAUUUUGUAUUGAGAAGUAGAGACGUUGAUGUAACAAUUUCGCCUAAUUCUACGCCUAUUUCUAAUACUACUAAUUCAUUAUCUAAUUCUAGUAUAUCUAGUACAAAUGGCCGUUCUCCAGAUUCUGUAGCGAGUAACUCUACUGAAUCGGCUAAUAAUGCAGUUGGUUCUGGUAAUUCAAAUUCGACGGUAUCUGAUGGAAAAAAUACAACUGAUGUGUCAAAAGAUGGAGCAAGCGGUUCCUCAUCUAAUGGAAAUGCUGACGAAUCAUUACAAUCCUCUUUAAAUGGUACUAAACCUAGUUCAUCCAGUGAUGCAACAGCAUCACUUGGAACAAUUAUUAUAACAAAAACAGUAACAGAUACAGUGACAAGUACAGUUACAAUGCCAUUUGCACCAUCUACAACGUCGUCUACUGAUGAUUCAACACAAGUUACGCUCUCGAAUUCAACUGAGACUUCAUAUGGGACUACAUUUGAAACUUCAUAUGAGUCUGCUACUAGAGGCACUACUGUUUCUCGUUCUAUUUCACAAGUUAGCACUUUUAGUAUGAGCCAGGAAUCUCAUACUUCUUUUCCAGCAGAUCGGUCGGACAAACGAGAACAGAAAUCUAGUCGAGCAUCCAAAAUUCCUCCUCGGAAACAAGUUGAAGAUUACAAUAUUAUGCCAAUUAUAACUGGUGAAACAGGGGGGAUACAAAGAACUAAUUAUCUUGAAAGAAAUCAACCCUAUGGUUCUGGUAUUGAUGAUUCUAAUAAAUGGGGAUAUAGAGGAUGGGGUCCAACAAAUGUUCCUCCUAAUAAUAAAUCACUCUUAACAAGAAAUAAUAGUAUAGCAUCUAACGCAUCUUAUGGACAUCAGAAGCAAGAUUAUUAUUCUAGAGUUAAUGAAGAUAAAGAUGUACCUCAAGUGGGAGUAGCUAGACAGAAAUCGUUAAAUCGCUUAAGUGGCAUGAUAAAUCCUGUUACUAGGGAUGAUUUUCAAAAUACAAAAUCUUUUAGGCCUAAGAAUUUAGCUGCUCAUAUUUCUGGCCCUGUUAAUGGUUCAUUCCACGAUACUUUACCAUAUUCCUCGAAUACACAGAAUGUUCCUACUGCAUCCUCUAAGAGCAAAUUACGGCAGGAUUAUAUUCCUUCUUCUAUGCAAGAAAGUUCAAUUGAAAAGCCAUACAGUUAUUCAGAUAUUCCGAAAUCAUUAACAAAUAGUCAAAAAAGGGCGUAUGAAGACAGACGAGAUAGUUCUCAAAGACACUCUAUAAUAUCUCAAAAGCAUUCUGAAAGGCCUCAAUUAUAUAAUUUUUCUAAAACUUCUUAA